CAAGAGUUAAAAUAAAUUGUGUUUUCUUUUACGGAAUACGUUUUUAUAUGAAUCGUAGGCAAGUACCUAUAUAGAUGUGAAUUUUCUUAGUCAAGAAACAUUUUCAUGCUUUCGAUUUCGUAUUUUUUUUAUCUCGUUCAUGUUUAUGUGAAAAGUGGAGAACUAGGUAUGUUCCUAUCUCUUUUAUAUUUUAUCAUGCUUGAAGUAUCUACUUAGGUACCUAUUAUGUUAUGAUGUAAACAAAAUGACAAGAGAACAGCUGAUAAAACCAUAGGAUAAAACUAUAAAUUGAUAUAAAUUUUAUUUUGUAAUAUGUAUUUUGUGUCGAUUCGAUAUAAUUCCUGCAUUCGUUUUGCAAUGUUUAAUACUUUAGUAUUUCUAUUGUAAGUGUGUAAAUAUUGUAAGUCCAGUAAAGAAUAUACGAAUAAAAUUAAGUGCUGUUUGAAACACUUAAAAAUCAUAUAUAGGCCUAGAAUAAUAUCAAUAAAAUGAGUUAUCAAAGUGCCGAAACGACAGUUGAAGAUGAUUUCUUUAUGAAAAAAUUUAAGUAUUAUAAGGCGAAUAAGCCUAAGCCAUCGCUCAGUGCAGUUUUAUUUCCAGAGAAUGUGGAUAAACAGGAUGAGAUUGUACCUACAAUGCCAAACAAAGUACACGAAGAUCCGAGGACACGGUUUUUAGGACUAAAAACCACUAAAGAGUGGCAAACAUUUUACUUCCCAAAACGCCCAGGGUUAAUACUAAUAAAAAACCCAUUUACAAGCAUUGGUCAAAGAUACUGGAUCAGAAAAUGUCUAGAAAUAUAUCCAAGGAAGCCAAACAAACUUAACAUUGAUAUAGAGUUGACUUUAAGUGAUUGGUGGCAAGAAUGUUUUAAAAAUGGAGAGUGUAAUAAACAAUUGAUGAAAAAACUACGAUGGACAACAUUAGGAUAUCAUCACAACUGGGAUACAAAAGUGUAUACUGAAGAAAACAAGACACCAUUUCCAGAGGAUUUGAGUGAGCUCUCUGAUGUUGUUGCAAAAUACCUUGGGUAUAGCAGUUUUAGAGCCGAGGCUGCUAUUGUUAACUACUAUCACAUGAAUUCUACUCUGUCUGGACAUACUGAUCAUUCUGAAGUUAAUUUAGGAGCACCUUUAUUCUCAUUCAGUUUUGGUCAGUCAGCUAUAUUCCUGCUAGGAGGCAAGGAGAAGUCAGUAGAACCAUCUGCCAUAUUACUUAGUAGUGGGGAUAUUGCAGUUAUGUCUCAAGAAGCAAGAUUAUGUUACCAUGCAGUACCUAAAAUACUAACCGCAUCAAAUUUUCCUUGGAAUGAGAAUGUGUCAUCUAUUGACAAUGAUGUGCCAAAUUUUAAAUACAUAGCAGAUUCACAAGUAUUUCUUAGUGCAUUAAAUGAAAAUGUUGAUGAUAUAAAAUGGCGCGAUUUCGAAAAUUAUGUGCAACAAUCAAGAAUAAAUAUGAAUGUGCGGCAAGUACUUAAUGAUAAUCAGAAAUAUCUGACAGACUGCUUUAUUAAUUUAUGAAAUACAGACAUUAUAAAAAUCAAA